CCAGCUUUAUUCUCCACUUUAGUCUCCUUCAUCAGAGAGACCAUUCAGCCACAUUAAAGCCCGGGGACCCUCUGGGACUCUUACAGCGGGAAGGCUGAGGCUGGACGGAGGUACCAGCCCGGCUGACACACUCCAAACGCCUGUCCUCAUUUCGCCUACCCAGUUUCCCCUUCCCUGCCCCGUCCCCCGGCAGCACGGCCCCUCUCCCUGCCCCGGGGCACGCAGCCGCGCCGCUCGGAUCCUUUUUUCGCCUCCGGGCAGGAUGGUUUCCAUUGUUCUCGAGGUGACCUGCAGCCUUGUUGCCUGGCUGUUUCUGUACACCUGCUUCUGCUACUGGAACAAGCACCGUUCCUACGAGUGGAGCUGUCGCUUGGUCACCCUGCUGCACGGGGUGAUUGUCACCUGCCUCUCUGGUUACGUUGCUCUCUUGGAUGGCCCCUGGCCUCUGAGCCAUGCAGGUUCACCAAACACAUCUCUUCAGAUCCAUGUGCUGUCCCUGACCUUGGGUUACUUUAUCUUUGACCUGGGCUGGUGCCUAUAUUUCCAGACAGAGGGGGUCCUAAUGCUGUUCCACCACACGCUGAGCAUCUGCGGCAUGAUCAUGGUGCUGGGGCUCGGGAAGUCUGCUACAGAAGUCAAUGCUGUUGUAUUUGUGAGCGAGAUCACCAACCCACUGCUCCAGACCCGUUGGUUUCUGCGCGAAAUGGGGUGUUACCACACUUUCCUGGGAGAGGUGGUGGAUUUCUUCUUUGUGUUCCUCUUCCUGGUGCUGCGAAUCGGGGUAGGAGCUUUGAUCCUGUAUGCGAUGGUGACAUCCCCUGAUCCCAGCUGGCUCCUCAAGGCUGGAGGCCUGGCCAUGUACAUUGUAUCUUUGGGGUUCAUGGUUGAAAUAUGCCGCUUUGUCAGGAGGAAAAUGAUGAAAAAAUAUCAUUCCUGGACAAGCCUGAGGAGUAAGAAUGCACCUGUGAAAACUAACGGGCACUUAACAGCUCAUUAAUGGGUUGUGGAGGACAAUCCCUUGGGCUAGAGUCCUGGCUAAUGAAGACUAUUCCUGUGAAAAGAUCUCCUAAAAGUGAUGUGGAAUUGACUUUCUGGCACUGGCAGUGGUCUGCUACCCCUGGCGGAGAUGAAUCAAUGCUAGGAACAUGUGAGAGCUGAAGGAAGAGGGGUCUGAGUGGAAAUCUGAGGAACCUGACAUGUCUACUGAACUCUGAUUCCCUGACUUCUCCACCAAUGGUACAGUCUCAGCGAGGGUGGCAAUGCCAGACCUAUUCAGUCUACAACCAAUAAUUGCACAAUCUGUAUGUUCUGUACUCAUUUUGGAGGUAGAAUUAUUUUAUACUGUAGAGCCAGAAAAUCAAAUCUGAAAAAUCCUGUCUUCCUGCCAGUGGGACCAGGUAGGGGUGUGACCUAGCAAAAAUUUACUGAGCCUCACUCUCCCUUAAUCCUGGAGUUGGACAACAUGCUUGACUAAGUACUUGGAUGAAAGCCUCUGAACAAGAUUCAAGUGCUUGCAGGGGUAUAGUGGAGUUGUCCUUUGAGUGUGUGAAGUGAUGGUACUUGAGGUGAGACAAUGUUUUACCUCAUUAUUUGUAAUGAUACAUUUCUUUUUUUUUUU